AUGGACUCCGUCUACUCCGACAUCGACAGCAACAGCUGUGACUUCUUCCCUCACACCGACGAUGAGGACUCCCGCGGCAGCCUGCGCUCCGCCUCCCCGGACUCCUCUCCGCUCUGCCCGCCGCGCUCUCCGGAGCCCGAGCAGCAGCUGCAGAAGAAGCGGCGCCGCGGCCGCGCCCGGAGCGAAGCCACCGUGCAGGUGGUGAGGAAGAACCGGCGCAUGAAGGCCAACGACCGGGAGAGGAACCGCAUGCACAACCUGAACGACGCCCUGGACGCGUUGCGCGGCGUCCUGCCGGCCUUCCCGGACGAGACCAAACUCACCAAAAUCGAGACUCUGCGCUUUGCGCACAAUUACAUCUGGGCGCUGUCAGAGACGAUCCGCAUCGCCGACCUGCAGGCGGGAAAGAGCGGUGACGCUCCUCUGCUGCUGAGCUCCGCGUGCCUCGGUGAGGCCCCGAGCCCCGGCAGCGACGCCUGCUCCUGGAGCUCCAGCCGCUCUUCGUCCUCCUCCUCCCCGUCCUACUGCGCCUCCAGCCCGGGGAGCCCCGCCGCGCCGGAGGACUACAGCUACCUGCAGCAGGACGCUCUGUACGGCUUCCGCAGCUUCGUGCCGGGCAUCUACUGA